GCGCUCUCCGCUCUCCUCACCGCGCAGCUUCACCAAACCUCCUCCUCAAACUCAAAGCGUCCGGACCAAAACUGCCACAUUCCUGGGGACAACUUUCCACACUGCUCAUGAACUUUACAUUCCUACUGACCAGAAGAAACAAUUGGAGAACACCUGGACACUCUUACUUCCUGGUUAUAUAACUUUUGUUGCACUUGAACGAAUCCUUUACAUUCCAAAGACUUUGGCCCCGGACGGACAUCGAUUUUACUUUCUUUCGAAAUCAACGAUCAAAGUCGUUUUUCUUACCAUAACAUUAUUAUUCUGAAUUGACCAAACAAGCAGGAGGCAGCAGCCUACGUUUUUGUUGCUCAACCCCAAAGUAGUCUUAACUGUGUGUGUAUUUUUUCUACGUGUAGUCUUAAAUUAAGUAAGAAAACAGUCCAGAAUGGCAGGUAUGAACUCUCUGGAUGCUGUGAAGAGGAAGAUUCAGUGUUUGCAGCAACAGGCCGACGACGCAGAGGAACGGGCUCAGGUCCUACAGAGAGACCUGGACAUUGAACGGGAGCUCCGAGAGAAAGCGGAGGGUGAUGUAGCAGCUCUGAACCGUAGGAUCCAGCUGGUGGAGGAGGAGUUGGACCGAGCCCAGGAGAGGCUGGCCACGGCACUGCAAAAACUGGAGGAGGCUGAGAAGGCUGCAGAUGAGAGCGAGAGAGGGAUGAAGGUGAUCGAGAACCGAGCGAUGAAGGACGAGGAGAAGAUGGAGAUUCAGGAGAUGCAGCUGAAGGAGGCCAAACACAUCGCAGAGGAGGCUGACCGUAAAUAUGAGGAGGUGGCUCGUAAGCUGGUGAUCCUGGAGGGAGAGCUGGAGAGAGCUGAGGAGAGGGCUGAGCUAUCAGAAUGUAAAGCCAGUGACCUUGAGGAGGAGCUGAAAAAUGUGACCAACAAUCUUAAGUCCUUAGAAGCCCAGUCUGAGAAGUACUCAGAAAAAGAGGACAAGUACGAGGAGGAGAUCAAAGUUCUGACUGACAAACUGAAGGAGGCUGAAACCCGUGCAGAGUUUGCAGAGAGGACAGUGGCCAAACUGGAAAAAUCCAUUGAUGACCUGGAAGACAAAUUAUCACAUGCCAAAGAGGAGAAUUUGGGCAUGCACCAAGUCCUGGACCAGACCCUGCAGGAACUGAACAGCUUAUAAACACACAGAGAGGAAACUGGAGAGGAUGAGAUCGUCGCGUAACAUUCCAUUAAAUGUUCGACUCCAUUCCACAUUUCGAGCUGUAAAAUCUUUAUUCCCCCACAUAAAAGGGGGAUUAACUUAAUGCUUGUCCCUUGAUGUUUUUUUUUUUUUUUUUUUUUCUAAGGCACACUUUAUUUCUUUUCUUUUUUUUUUUAAGAUGCGAGGUCAUUCUGAAACCAUCACCUUUUUUUUUUUUUUAAAUCUCGGGCUGUGAUUGCAGAAAUAAUUUUUGACCACUCAUUUAGAAAGAACUGGCAAUUAAUACACCCAAAGAAACAGAUUUGGUCACUCAACCACUUACACCGGCUCAAUUUUACAUUUUUUGUGCACAUACAUUAAGCCUGAGUCCGAUUAUAUUAAUACAUAGGCUACAGAUGGUAUUGGGUUUCUUUCAGUCUACAUUAGUAGUGGCUCUCAAGUGCCACCCAGUGGUGAUAUGAAGUCAGUCAAAGGUUGUUUUUCUGAUCAUGCUGUAACACCUGAAGCGGCUACAAGUUAAUGGACAUUCGGCUCUUGUGUCUCAGCAGUGUCCUAAAUAUGUCUUUAUACAGCAAGAUGGUCAAAUGGACAGGUGACCUUAUGGAAAGGUUUCAUUCAUAAAUAAACAGGUCAAGGCACAUGCUGCUCAGUCACAGUAGGCUUCUUUACAUUUAAUUUAAAAGUAAUGCCUCCUCUGCCUGAUCAUCCUGAAGCUGACAUGUUGAAGAUGCACAGAAUAUUUUCAGUGCAUCAUUCUUCUUCUUCUUCUUCUCCCUUUGUGGUGUGGGAGUGUCUGUGCAGAAACUUAGAGCUGCGCAUGUACAGUAUCUAGGCCAUGAGGUAAAUAUCUAAUCUGUAGUACCUUUCCUUAAGCAUAACCUGAUCAUCGACACCAUCUGCAUCAUUGCCAACAAUAUGCCAUAAUGUAGCCAAUAUUUACUAGAUUUACAAUAUAUUGUAUUACAUGAGUGAGCUAAAACCCAAACCACUGGAGGCUCAGUUAAAUUUUGUCAACCAUGGAUACUUAUUGUAUAUAAUAGAAUAAUGUUAGGUAUGUGAGAAGUUGUAUUGUUUGAUUCUUUUUUGGGGAGGGGGGGUUUUUUUCAUUUACACCACUUCUUUUUUUGCCAGGGGAACUCUCAAGACCAAAGAACACACAUAAGACAGACAAUAAAUUCUUAAAAUGUUUUAUUUUUGUUUGUGAUGGUCAUCAUGGUUUCAUCUGGUGCCAGGGCCAUGAAAAGUGCCUCACAUUUGAUCGAGGCUGUUUUGAAAUAUUUCAUUCACCAACCCCCUCUAUGCCAAUCUAAUAAAUGUUUUACAGAAA